AUGGAUCUGGAAAAGAAGUCUUCUGAGAAGCCAAGACCUGAGGAUGUGGACCAGGCCAUGGGUGACGUGGGCGAGGUCUUAAAUGCUUCGGGUCACAAGCAAGAGCUCGAGCGCAACUUCAGUCUGUUGAGCAUCUGUGCAAUUGGUAUCACAACAGGAAACGUGUGGGCGGCGUUGGGAGGGUCUAUCGUUAUCGCGCUCUACAAUGGUGGCCCAGCAGGUGUCAUUUACGAAUUCAUAGCUGUCGCGUGCUGUUACUUUAUGAUCGCGGCCUGUAUCGCAGAGAUGGCUUCUGCUAUCCCUUCCUCGGCGGGUGUAUAUCACUGGGCAAGCGUAACAGGAGGAGCCAGAUUUGGCAAGGUUAUUGGCUUUUACGCUGGAUGGUGGAACGCUUUAGGUUGGAUCUUCGGUACCGCUUCCAUAUCCUCAAUCCUCGCCAACCAAGUCAUCUCCAUGUACGGUCUUUUCCACCCCGGCUACGCCUUCGAACGCUGGCACGUCUUCAUCGUCUACCUCAUCAUCACCUGGCUUGCCUGCUUCGUAGUCAUGUUUGCCAAUCGCGCUUUACCCAAACUCACAAAUAUCGGUCUCUUCUUCAUCCUCAUGGGUGUCUUCAUCACUAUCAUGGUAUGCGCCAUCAUGCCCAGUAGAAGCGGCAAGGGAUAUGCGAGUAAUGAGUUUGUGUGGCGCGAUUGGCAGAACCAAGCAGGUUGGAGUAGUGAUGGCUUUGUGUUUUGCGCUGGCAUGCUGAACGGAGCUUUUGCGGUAGGAACGCCUGAUUGUGUCUCUCACCUCGCUGAGGAACUCCCCCUCCCCCGAACCAACAUACCCAAAGCCAUCCUCGCCCAAUACACCGUCGGUUUCAUAACCGCCCUCCUCUACCUUGUAACAAUCUUCUACUCCGUAAACGACCUAGAAAGCCUCUUCUCCAACCCCUGGCCCUUCCCCCUCGCCGAACUAUACCGACAAGCCACAAACUCUCACGGCGGAUCCUUGGGUCUCUUACUCGUCAUUUUCAUCCCAACAUUCUGCACAAACAUUGGUUGCUACAUAACCUCUGGCCGCAUGCUAUGGACACUAGGUCGCGACGACGCAACACCAUUUUCCCACUGGAUCGGCCACAUUGACAAGAAAUGGGAAAACCCGUUCAACGCCACCCUAGCCUGUGGUGUCAUCAACACAAUCCUAGGCUGUAUCUAUAUUGGCUCUUCCACCGCCUUCUCCGCCUUCGUCGGCUCCUUCAUCGUCUUGUCAAGCAUGUCCUAUCUCGCUUUCAUCUUGCCCAAUAUCCUCACCCGCCGCCGCCACGUUAUCAAGGGCCCUUUUACCAUGCCCAACCCGGUUUUCUACACGGUGGCUAGUCUGGCGUGUGCGUAUAUGGUGGUAUGGAUACCGAUUUAUUGUUUCCCGUUUGCGGUUCCGUUUGAUACUACGACGAUGAAUUAUACGAGUGCGCUUGUGGGAGGUGUGACGAUUUUACUAGGGGGGUGGUAUGUCUGGAUCAGGAAUAGGGGAUAUGUGGGCCCUAGGAGGUUGGUGGAGACGUUGGGGAACGGGGAGACGACUAUUGUGGGGACGGAGGCGAGCAUAGCUGAGAAAGUGUGA